AUGGAGAGAGCGAGAGCACAAGAAGAAGCACAAUCAGACCAAAACUGGAGUGAAGCAGUAGAAGAUCUGGUGACAGCCGGUGACACAGAAGGCGCCAUAGCUCUCCUUGAAACUGAGAUUUCGAGACUUGAAACUUUGAGCCCAUCAGAAACAGUGAAUCUUCAAUUGGCAUCUGAAUUGACAGAAUUGGCUAAACUUUACUCUUCCAAACACUUCUCUCUCAAAUCCGAUCAAAUUCUCUCUCGGGCUUCUCUCAUUAAACAACGCUUUUCUGGUGAUGCUGAGAAUGUGAAGAAGGAUGAUGAGAUUUCAAAGUGCAAUGCUAUUUCUAAUGAUGGGCGUCUUGAGAAAUCAUCGAAUCCGCGUGACAAUAUUUCGCCAUGCAGCGGGCCUUCAGAUGAUGAUUGGGAAGCUGUUGCAGAUCGUGCACCUGAUGAAUUGCUCCCACCACAAUCCUUACCUUCUGUAUCGAAUAUUUCUUUGGAAGAUACAAAAGUUCAGACUGCUAAGCGGCGUGGACGGGGACCAUUUACGUACAAAAAGCAUGAAAUGUAUAGUGAUCGACAAUCUGUUGGGACUCUUGUUGAUGAUGUUGAUGAUGAAGAUUUGUGCAAAAGUACACAAAAUACAGAAUCCACAAAUUCUAAAUAUGGUACACAUCAUGCUCUUGUUCUGGCUGGCUUUCCACCAAGCACAAGGACAACAGAUCUAGAAAAGCUUUUUGAAGACUUCAAAGAUCGUGGAUUUGCUAUUCGCUGGAUUAAUGAUACAGCGGCCCUCACAGUAUUCCAAACACCAUCAAUUGUCCGUAGUUCUAGUUUGAAAUCCAUUGGUGAGGGGUUGACAUGUUGUGCUGGUGUCUUGGGUUUGAAUCCAUUCACUGAUACAGUUAUUCAGCUAGCAGCCAAAGGUGAGGACAUUAAGGAGGGUUUGGUGGCAUGCUGUCAAAGUGCGCUGUCUCCUCAAGGGCAGGGGCAAAAUAGUGUCCUUGAUAGUGGCCAGAGUUCUGUCAUUCUUCCAAUCGAAGUUCUGACUUUAACCACCAAGAUCUCCCAGCCAUGUGAUUUAGAGUGCAAGUCUGGACUUGGCGUGGGAAGGGCUUGGUUACUCCCUUCAAUUAGCACUGUUCUAUUUAAUAAUCUCCCUAAACUUGCUCAUUUGGGCUCUAGAGUUAGACACUCUGGUUGCAAUUUAGUUGUGCCAUUUGGAGCCAGUAGAUGGUUGAUGUCUAGCAGUAAUUUUCUGAUUUCGGCUCAUUUGAUUCUUAAGUUACUAAUGCUGGACAUUGGGAGAGAUGAUUGUUUUUGUCUUCUCUCUUGUGGUGAAGGUUGGCUUAGUACACUUGAGGCCUGCAACUACGUUCAAUGUCCAUUUGCUGUGCGUAUUCUUGAUGAGGAUGAUGAACUAAUGGGCUCAAUCCCAACAAAAGAUUUGGAACCUCCUCGUCGAAGGCCAAAGACAUCAGCAAGAACUGCCGAAAGGCUGAUCGCUCAUGGAAUGGGAUUGACAUUGCCAACAACCUUCGGUUCGAGAGAACUGAAGACUCAGGAAGAAACCAGAAAGAACCGGAUAGUUACAAGGCAAAAAAUGAAAGAUGAUGCUUGGGGCGAUGAUUGA